ACACCUUGUCGGGGGGCCACUCCGUACAUGCAGGCACCUCAGUUGUGAACGAUGGAGGGGUUGAUGGCCAUGAUCCGUACCACAACCCGUGGAAUAAUGCGUAAUGCUCCGUUGCCGAUUCUGGAGUUCUCUGCCCAGGGAAACGACAUCGUGGCUGGUGAUCUCCCUCAUUGUGGUGGAGUGCCAGCUCAUUAUCUUCAGCCCAACAGAGACAGUCCUACCUCUGCAGGACAGAAGAGAAUUGCAUGCUUCUGCCUCGAGUACACGCUGUUCGGCGUCAGGCCGUGAGACAGCAGGUCCGCAGACAGACAGCGUACCUGUUGACAGGGUGAGUCGAGAGGCCGGAGUUUACAUAUUCAGAACUCAGCUGCUCCCAGUUGAACCUGGCCAGAGCGGCCAAUAGCAACACAGCGCUCAACACCACAGUUCCAUUUGCUUGUUAUGAUCUCAGCUUGAGGCGUCGUGGCGUAUAGCUCCUUCACGACAGGCUCAAAUGCAUUGGUUCACGGCAUGAACAU